AUGGAGCCGCGUUCUUGCGAUGCUCCGCUUGUCAAGAUUGCUCUGCGACCCUCGUUGUUGUCUCGGCCGCACCGGCAAGGGGCAAGGGCCCUGAGAGCCAGCGACACCCGUCUGAGGUCGAGGCACUGUGAUCAUGUUCGGCAAUGGCAAGGUCCGCUGAACAUGAAAAGCGAUUAUCAAGUUCGUUGCCGAGCGACACCUUGGCAGAGCUACGGCUUCAUCGCUCCCGAUGCCGGUGGUCCGGACAUUUUCGUGCACAAGAGGAAUGUUCGCCGAGAUGAGCAGGGGAGGCGAGUGGCCUUGAAGGAAGGGGAGCGAGUCGAGUUCGAGUUGCAGCCGGAGCCCGGCAAGGACGGUCGGCCAGUGGCAGUGGAUGUGGUUGUCAUCCCGCCCUAG